CCUCCCUUCACAAGCCAAUUAAGCAUUAUCCUCUUCUUUAGUUCUCCUACCAAGUUACAUUCCCAGAGGACAAUCAAUAUUCAUACAAAACAAGUUCCUCUUCCUCAAGCUUUACCAUAAAAACUAAACAAAAGCAAUGGCCAACGCGGCAUCGGGGAUGGCAGUGGAGGACAACUGCAAGCUGAAGUUUUUGGAGCUAAAGAAAAGAACCUAUCGGUUCAUAAUAUUCAGGAUAGACGGGCAGCAAGUGGUGGUGGAAAAGUUAGGAAACCCCCAAGAGACUUACGAUGAUUUCACCGCUUCCCUCCCUGCCGACGAGUGCCGCUAUGCGGUUUUCGAUUUCGACUUUACCACCAAUGAAAAUUGCCAGAAGAGCAAAAUCUUUUUCAUCGCCUGGUCACCGGAUUCAUCUAGAGUGAGGAUGAAGAUGGUGUACGCAAGCUCUAAGGAUAGGUUCAAGAGAGAAUUGGAUGGGAUUCAGGUGGAGUUGCAAGCCACUGAUCCUAGCGAGAUGAGUUUCGACAUUAUCAAAAGCCGAGCUCUCUAGAUCUUUUCGUUGAUUUGUCAUCAAAGCAUCUAAUAUAUUCAUCUUUCGUAUUUCUGAUAUUCCCAAAAAAAAAAGUUGAAAGAUUUUUCAGUGUUAUGUAAUUUCCUUGGUUUAAGAACUGAUUUGUUCAUCGUCGUUUUCCA